CGCGGACGCCUCUGUUUACACCAAUUACCCAGCAUCCCCUUCGACUGGCCUUUUCUUCCAUCUACGCGGAACAAGCACAGGUGAAUCCACCUGAGGAAAACCACGAUGCCUGGAAGGUGAGUUUCUAUCUCCAGUUUGGGGUUCUGGUUGGUGGAGUUUCAGAUGAUCUCCUGCAGACUGUGGAGUAAGGCCAUCUUCACCGGCUACAAGCGCGGCCUGAGGAACCAGCGCGAGCACACGGCGCUGCUGAAGGUGGAGGGCUGCUACAGCCGUGACCAAGUGGACUUCUACCUGGGCAAACGCUGCGCCUACGUCUACAAGGCCAAAAAGAACACCGUCACGCCCGGCGGGAAGCCCAACAAGACCCGCGUGAUUUGGGGCAAAGUGACCCGGGCUCACGGAAACAGCGGGAUGGUCCGGGCCAAGUUCAGCAGCAACCUGCCAGCCAAAGCCAUCGGACACCGGAUCAGAGUGAUGCUGUACCCGUCCCGGGUGUGACGAGGAGCGAUCAUCAGGAUGUUUGUACAGAAAUAUGAAACUGAUCAAUAAACUGGUUGGGUCAAAGGUU